CACCAGCUCGUGUCCGUCGUGAGCAACGACCAGCUGGGCCAGGCGGGACUGCCUCCAGCGUGCUUGGAACGACGCCAUGAUACGACGGACGUCCUUGGCAGGCUCCCCACCCGAUAUCGACCCAUUGGCGCUGGCUUGGGGACCACCUCCGGACGAGGAUGCCCCCGCCAAGGCAGCUAGGCUUUCCGAAGAGGCGGAGGCGAAGAAGGUCAGCGACGAGAUCGACGCUCGCCUGAAGGAAGAGAGGAAUGCACUCAAGAAAAGGCGAAAGGGCCUCGUCAAGGUUCUGCUACUCGGGCAGGCAGAGAGUGGCAAGUCCACCACACUCAAAAACUUCCAGAUGAUAUAUGCUCCUGCUGCUUGGCGUGCACAACGAAGAAACUGGCGGGCGGUCGUACAGCUGAACCUCAUCCGGUCCAUUAAUGCCAUCCUGGACGUUCUCGCGGAGGAAGCCGAUCUUGCCGAGGCGCCAUCUCCAGUCUCUCCUUCGGGUCGUGCGCCGUACGGCGGAGGCAUCGGACGUACAACCUCCCUGAGUGGAUCGCAAUUGGUCAAGCCCGUGCUGGAUACGAGUCGCUCGGCGGCGUCGAUGCGGUCCAUGUCCUCAACGUCGUCGCACGGCCAUUCGCCGACGCUGUCGCAAAAGCACCAGCUGCUUCGCAUCCGGCUGGCGCCGCUUCGUCGUGUCGAGUCCGAUCUGAAGCAGGUGCUGUCGAUCGGCGAUGACUCCGGUGGACAAUCGCCCUUGUUCCCGACGCCGUUCGAUGCGGAUGCUGCGUCGGCCAGGAGAAGACCCCAGGAGGUGAUGGUUCGCUCCUGGCAAUAUGCUCUCGGCGCAACUCGCGGAACAGCGCAGACGCACGGUUCUGGAUCUCGGCGGAGGUCUUUGACAGUCAGCAGCUGGCCCGCGGACGGGACCGACGGGGGCACAGAGCUGCGUAGGCAGAAGACUGGAGAUAGCGCUCGCAUGGGACAGCCUAACCGAGGCAAGCACGAAGGCAAGGGUCGGGGCAAGGACGCGCGGAACGAUGAAGACGAUGCGACUGAAGUCCUUGCUGUUUUGAGGGACGACAUGAAGGCGCUGUGGGAGGACGAGAUCGUGCAGGCGGUUUUGAGGCAACGACGGGUGCGACCUCAAGAACGCGCUGGAUUUUUCCUGGAUGAUCUGGACCGGAUUGCGCAACGAGACUACGAGCCCUCAGACGAUGAUGUCCUUCGUGCUCGAUUGAGGACUACAGGCGUCCAAGAGCAUCGUUUAGCGUUUGAGGAAGGCGGCUUCUUAGCGUCCAGCAUCGCCCCCGAGUGGGUAAUUUAUGAUGUUGGCGGCUGCCGCACGUCGCGUCAAACUUGGCUGCCGUAUUUCGAGGAUUUGAAUGCCAUCAUCUUCCUCGCACCGAUCUCGUGUUUUGACGAGUGGCUCGCAGAAGAUCCUCGCGUAAACCGUCUGGAAGACUCGUUCGUCCUUUGGAAGAGCAUCUGUUCGACCAAGUUGUUGCAAAAUGUGCAAUUGAUCCUGUUUAUGAACAAGGUUGACCUGCUGACCAAGAAACUGCAAGCAGGGGUGGAGGUGAACAAGUACCUCCCAAGCUUCGCGGAUCGACCGUUGCAGACGACCGCCGUUGUGAAGUAUCUUCGCAACAAAUUCCGGGACAUCUUGCAUCAGCGUUCGCCGUCGGCCAGAGAGUUCUACGGAUACCCCACCAGUGUGAUUGAUACCAAAGCUACCAAAGACACCAUAAAAUCUAUUCGAGAUGGUAUUCUGCUCAAACAACUGCGAUCAACAUCCCUGCUAGAUUAGACCGGACAGCGUGCCGAUCACCUAAGAUUAAUUUAUUCCCGCUCGAGUUCCUGCCAUCGCUGCUUUUAAUGAUUUGACCUGGUGUAAGUGCUGUUGUGAAACGCUGGUUACUGUAUCAGUAGGAUGUCGAUGUAGUGUAUGCAUGUCCUAGUUACCAUUUGAUGGCAAGCUCAGUGCGACCGACUCGGGGUUCCC